AUGGGUGUUCAAGGUUUUUUGCCACAGUUGAAGAGUAUUCAAAAUCCUGUUUCCCUUAACAGGUACUCUGGACAGACUUUAGCAAUCGAUGGAUAUGCUUGGUUACAUAGAGCAUCAUGUUCUUGUGCUCAUGAUUUGGUAUUAGGGAAUCCGACUGAUAAGUAUCUGCAAUUUUUCAUUAAGAAGUUGGCAAUGUUGAAAUCUUAUGGUAUAAAGCCCUAUUUUGUGUUUGAUGGUGAUUCUUUGCCAGUCAAGAAAGAUACAGAGGUCAAAAGAAGAAAUAAGAGAGUUGAGAAUAGAGAGGUUGCUAUUAGGUUAUAUAAUUCUGGUGAAGUUCGUAAUUCUAUGGAUUACUUCCAGAAAUGUGUUGAUGUCACGCCGGAAAUGGCUAAAUGUGUCAUGGAUUAUUGUCAAAUUCACCAUAUUGAUUAUAUUGUUGCUCCUUUUGAAGCAGAUGCCCAAAUGGUUUAUUUAGAGAAACAAAAUAUUGUACAAGGUAUUAUUUCAGAAGAUUCAGAUUUGUUGAUCUUCGGUUGUAGGCGAUUGAUUACAAAGCUUAACGAUUUUGGUGAAUGUAUCGAAAUUUGUAAAGACGAUUUUAAUAAAUUACCAAAGAAAUUUCCAUUGCAUGAACUAUCAGAAGAAGGCAUUAAAACCAUGGUUUGUCUGUCAGGAUGUGAUUAUACCAAUGGUAUACCGAGGAUUGGGUUGGUGAAGGCAAUUAAAUUGGUACAUCAAUAUAGAAAUAUUGAUAAAAUUUUACUAAGCAUUAGACGAGAUGGUAAAUUUCAAAUCCCAGAAACUUUUUUGCAAGAAUACCAUAAAGCAGUUAUUGCAUUUGAAUAUCAAAGAGUUUUCUGUCCUAUUUCAGAAAAAAUCGUGACAUUGAAUGACAUUCCAAUGGAGGUUAUAGAAUCGAUGAAUAAAACGUAUGAUAAUGAACAAUUUUUUGCAUGCAUAGGAUUAGUCAUUGAUAAAGAAACUUCAAAAAAACUGUGCAUUAUUGAUGAGGAUAAAAUUGAUCAUGAAAUUCAUAGAAAGAUUGCAUACGGGCAGCUUAAUCCUUAUAAUUUUGAAAAACGAUUAGUCAAUAGAGAGCGUUAUUUGCAAAUUGCUUCGAAAUCAGAAAUUGUUGGUCAAGGCGGUAUAUUGUCUGCUAAGAAUAAUUCUACAAAAUCUAUUGACUUAUUUUUUACCAAAGUGGCGAGUAAUAAGGAGAAUUCUUCAGUAAAAAGACGGCCAAUUGUUCGUAGUGGAGGAAUCGUUGAUAAAUUGACAGAAACCAUAAAGAAAAGAAAGUUAUGUCAUAGCAUUAAUAGUAUUUCUAGUUUAAGCAAAUCAGGAGAUUCUACCUUGACUAAAAGUAGAUUCUUUUCCACUAAUGCUGAUAUUGCUGACACUUUGGAAGAAAUAAUUGAUACACAAUCGAGUGAUACCAAAGUUCCCAAAAAUUUUUGGUUGUAG